CAUGUCUGGGUGUUUGUGCGACGUGAGCACGUCUGCAGAUCUCAGUAAGUCAGCAAAUCUUCAGUUCAAUAAAGAGGAAAUCUCGUCUGUUUGCUGCUCUUCCGAUCCUGGGAGAUCUCCACCGCGUUUCGAGCCAUGGGAGCGGAUUUCGUCUGUGCAGUUGUGUUCACCGUUGCUUUGCUGCUGUCAGCCGUCGAAUGCGAUGUGAACUGCAACGGCCAUCCAGGAGAACGUGGACCGCCUGGACGAGACGGGCUGGCUGGGAUGAAAGGCCAGAAGGGAGAGCCAGCCGCCUGGGUGGAUGGCCCAGUGGACCCAAGCAUGCUGCUGAGGCUCAGAGGGGACAAAGGAAACUCGGGGCCACAAGGGCCGAUUGGUCCAAAGGGUUACCGUGGUGACGUGGGAGCAGCAGGAGUGGCCGGUCAGCCCGGUCCAGCCGGUCCAGUGGGGAUAAACCUGAACUCCGGACAAAGUUCGUCCAAUCAGAAUACUCACUCCGCUUUCUCUGUGAAGAGAAAUGUCAACCAAUAUCCACCUUUCAACCAGAAAAUAACUUAUCAGGAGGCCGUCGUCAACACAAACAACAAUUUCGUCAUAAACACCGGCAUCUUCACCUGCACAACACCUGGUUUUUAUUACUUCACCUUCCUCUCCGUUGCCAAGGUCAGCAUGUGCCUGGGUUUAGUCAAAGAAGGAGAAGCAGAGAAAAUAGUGUUUUGUGAUGAAAACACUAGGAACUCUGACCAGGUGCUGUCUGGUGGAGUCGUGUUGGAGCUGACGGCGGGACAGAAAGUCUGGCUGGAGUCGUACAAAGACCAGCAGCAGAGCCUGCAGAUAGCGAAAGACGCCGACGCAAGAGACGUCAGGGAUAAACUGAUCGUCUUCAACGGCUUCCUCAUCUUCUCAAAUUCGUGAUAGAAACAAGUCGAGUCCUCGCACUGCAACGUCUCUGAUUUCAGUGUCUGAGGUUCAGCAGCUGCAUCACGUAAAAUGUUUUCAUGUUUACUCAUUUCAGAGCUGAUUUUUAUUAAACUGUGACUCUGAACCUGAAGUUGAUCAUUUAAUGCAGUGAUGUCCAAACGUUUGAGAAUACAGUUGCAACUACGCCAAAUGUUUAGUAUUUUUUAUUAUAAUUUUUAUUUGCUAAAGAAACAAACUAAACACGCCAUAUUGUAAUGAAAUAAGUCAGAUCUCUGUAGUUCUUGCAGGUUUGCAACAUAAAAGAAAAAAAUAAAAUAAUAAUCCUGAA